AAUCCUUUGUGUGAAUCUAGUCGAUGAAAAUUAGUUCAAAGUCGCUCUUGAAGCAGUGUAAAUGGCAGAGAUGGAGACUGAAAUUAUAGAAACACAACCUUUUAACAGUUUGAAGGAAUUAUAUAAUAAUGUGGAUAAUCUAAAUCCAUGGCCAUACAUUAAGGAAUUACGAGAGUCAACAGAAUAUAUGUAUUGUGGUAUCGAUGUAAAUAAUCAGAAAAUAAAUUUAGAAAAAGUGAACAAAGACAGUCAGCCUAAAACGUUGCUCUGCCAUGAUAUGAAAGGUGGUUACUUAGAUGACAGGUUUAUACAUGGUACAGAAUCUCAUAACUCUUAUCUAUUCUAUCACUGGAGUGUUAUUGAUACAUUUGUCUACUUCAGUCAUCAUUUCAUAACUAUACCACCCCAUGGAUGGAUCAAUGCAGCACACGAACAUGGAGUGAAGGUUCUUGGUGUUAUAAUAACAGAAAGAGAAGGCAUAUGGGAGUCUAUACUUGAGUCUCAAGAAACAGCAAGGAGGUUUGCAGAAGCUUUAAUUCACAUUGCAAAGUUUUACAAGUUCGAAGGCUGGUUAAUGAAUGUUGAGAAUGAAAUUAAGAGCGAACAUGUAAAUAAUUUAAUCUACUUUAUGAAGUACCUGACAGAACGUAUUCAUGCAGAGAUUAGAGAUGCUGAGAUCAUUUGGUAUGACAGUGUGGUCAACGAAGGAAAACUGAAAUGGCAAAAUGAAUUGAAUGAUAAAAACAUAGACUUCUUCUUGAAUUGCGACGGUAUUUACUUGAAUUACAACUGGACCAGAUCGAAGUUAGAAAACAGUUGUAUGCUGGCAAAAAGAGAGAAUCGAAACAUUCAGGACAUUUAUGUGGGACUGGACGUGUGGGGAAGAGGAUGUCCUGGAGACGGUGGCUUCAAUUCAGCAUUUGCUCUAGAACAAAUACGCCAACAAGGUUUGUCCGUUGCCAUUUUCGCCUCAGGUUGGACACACGAAUUCUUCGGACCGAAAACAUUCUACGAGCUAGAAAACAUGUUCUGGGCUCAACUAUUCCCUUAUUUAUAUAUUCACGUACCCAUCUACGAGGGUGAAGUGUUCGAGACAUCUUUCUGCCGUGGAAUUGGUAGUUCUUAUUACCGCUCUGGUGAGAUGCAGUUGGAAGUGCGUGUCGUGGAAGGAAAAACUAUCUAUGAGAAAAAAUCAUUUUACAACUUGUCAUUGCAAAAACCUCAGAUUUCAGUGGCCGUACCACACCUGAGGUUCACUCAUUUCCCUAAUCUUCCCGACCCGAAGAAGGAAAACGACGAAAAGGCACAUUCGAAGGAAACAACGGAGUAUGUGUAUGAAACGAAAAAGAACAUUCUUCGAAUAUUAGGAAAUGUUGCUACAAUCGAGAAUAAAUCGUCCAUGUUAGAUACAAAUUAUUUGGAAUUUUACGACCGAUUGUCUUAUGACGGAGGUGGCUGCUUGAAACUAAUUACGAACGAUCCUAGAUCGUAUCAUAGAUUAUUUUUAAUUCACGUCGAAUUUCAACAAGAUAUCCAAGCGACUAUUGUAUACAAAGAAAUUGAGUCUGCAGUGGUAAACCUAGGACGAAGCGAACCGAUAUUAAUUAUAGGCAACGAUGCUGGUUUGAAGUCUAUUUUACCGUACAAAUUGGAAAAUUUGGCCUCUAAUUAA